UAUAGCAAUGGAUGAGAGGGAGAGCAGGAAGAAGCAGCAGCUGUCGUCAUGGAUGAGCAGCUGCGGCUUCACUGCUUGGCCACCGCGAUCCUACCCCUGCAGCUUCUGCAGGAGGGAGUUCAGGUCGGCGCAGGCGCUCGGAGGACACAUGAAUGUCCACAGGAGGGACAGGGCAAGGCUCACGCAUGGCUCACCUCCUCCUCCUCCACCACCACCACCACCGUCCAGGGCACCGCCGGCGAUGAUUCCCAACCUCAACUACCCGCCACCCAGCAGCAGCAGUAGCACCAAUAAGAAGCUCCUUGACGCUCCGUCGUCCAUAGAGAUGGAGCUAGAGUUGGAGCUGGGGGUUGGAGUGGCGUGCAGCAGCGACUGCAACACAGCUGGUGCAGCCACUUGUUGUACUACUACAAGUACAACCCCGGCAGCGGCAGGUGGUGGCCCGGAGGAUGACCGUGCCCUCGACCUUGAGCUCAGGCUGGGUAGUGUCUCUUCUCCAUCCUUCCAUCACACACGCGCAUACGACCCAUGAUCGAUCAUAUGUAUAUGCUCCACCAUCUGCCUGUGCUACCAUGCACAAGAUCUAUAGAGAUGAAGACGACACCACCAGUCUCUCGCUCUAUUACCUCUCUACCUAUAUAUGGUCGUAGUCGUACUAGUCUGCUAGUAGAUGCCUCAUAAUAUAAUGUUGUUGCAUUGCUGCAUGACUAGCUAGCUCUAGGAUCAAUAUAGUCAUGCAUGUUGUCGCUUGAUGGAUAUGCAAGCAUGCAUGCAUGCAUGCAUGUACUAAUUAACUCUGUUACUAAUUGAA